UCAUGUGACGCGGCUGCUGUCCACGGUGCUGAAAUCCUCCGGUGCUGAAAUCCUCACGGACGAUGGUUUAUUAGUUAAGAUCUAAUUUUUUUCUGGGGCUCCAUCAAACGCGCGCGCUCAGGGCGGGUCGUGUGACGUCACGCGCGCGUCCACGGACCAGACGCUCGCCGAGUCAACGGAUGUUUGUACCUCAAAACCCCAAUAAAACCAUCACUUAAAGCGGAACGACGGGAACCGAUAACGCGGGGAGAUGUCUGUGGCGGGGCUGAAGAAGCAGUUUCACAAAGCGACUCAGAAAGUCAGUGAGAAGGUCGGAGGAGCGGAAGGCACCAAACUAGACAAUGAUUUCAAAGAAAUGGAAAAGAAAGUGGACGUUACAAGCAGAGCGGUGCUCGACAUCAUGACUAAAACCACAGAAUACCUGCAGCCAAACCCCGCGUCCAGGGCACGUCUAAGCAUGAUCAACACCAUGUCUAAGAUCAGGGGUCAGGAUAAGGGUCCAGGUUACCCUCAGGCUGAGACGGUGCUUGCAGAAGCCAUGCUGAGGUUCGGACGUGAGCUCGGAGAAGAAUCAUGUUUUGGUUUGGCUCUGUUGGACGCCGGUGAAUCCAUGCGUGAGCUUGGUGAGGUGAAAGACGCUUUAGAUAUAAAUGUCAAACAGAACUUCAUAGACCCGCUGCAGAACCUGCAUGACAAAGAUCUCAGAGAGAUUCAGCAUCAUCUGAAGAAGAUGGAAGGCCGCCGUCUGGACUUCGAUUAUAAGAAGAAGCGUCAGGGGAAAGUGACGGAUGAUGAGCUCAAACAGGCGCUGGAGAAAUUUGACGAGUCUAAAGAGAUCGCGGAGCAGAGCAUGUUUAACCUGCUGGAGAAUGACAUCGAGCAGGUGAGUCAGCUGUCGGCUCUGGUUCAGGCUCAGGUGGAGUAUCAUCAGCAGGCUGCUGAGAUCCUGCAGCAGCUCUCCAGCAAGAUAGAAGACAGGAUAAAGGAGAUGUCCAAUAAACCCCGGAAGGAAUACAUCCCCAAACCCCGCAUGGAGCUUCAACUGCCCAGUGAGAAUUACAACGGAGGAAUAAACUCUGCAAAAUCACCUGCACGCUCACCAGCUCCGUUAGAUCAGCCGUGUUGUCGCGCACUGUAUAACUUCGAGCCAGAGAACGAGGGUGAGCUUGGCUUCAAGGAAGGCGACAUCAUAACUUUGACCAAUCAGAUUGACGACAACUGGUACGAGGGCAUGAUCCACGGCCAAUCAGGUUUUUUCCCCAUCAACUAUGUGGACAUCCUGGUGCCUCUGCCUCACUAGGCUCCACCAAGCCCAGCUGUUGCCUAGCAACCCAACAGCCGCCUUUAUCGUGCAUCUGUGCUCCAGCUUCACGUCCUGCUCCUGUCGAUCAGUGACUCUGAGGAUUAUAAUGUUGAGGAAGAUUAUAGACAUUAUGGGGUCCCGUCUGAGUGGAGGAACAGUUCAAGUGCUCAGUGUGUAUGAGUUUUUGCAAUCCUGGACUCAUUUAUAUUCUUUUUCUUGUGUUUCAGAUUAUUUAUUUGUACUUUAUUGAUCUAAGGGAACUAGUGCUUCACUCUUCUGAUAAACCUAAUUUAAUCCAGCUCUAUCCCAGCAUGCUUAUAGGAAAGUUCUGGAUUUCCAGAUGUGUUUGAUUGUGUCGCUUCUCUAUCUUCGUCACACAGUUUAAAUCUUUUUCUCUUGGCUAAGCAAACAACAAGAUGCUGUUG